AUGAUGGAGGUCGACGGGGCGGGGGAGGUCGGCGAGGCGGGGGAGACCGACGGGGCGGGGGAGGAGACCGACGACGCGGGGGAGGAGGGGACCGACGGGGGGAGGAGGGGACCGACGGGGCGGGGGAGGAGAUCGGCGAGGCGGGGGAGGAGGGGAUCGACGGGGUGGAGGAGGGGAUCGACGGGGGGAGGAGGAGGGGACCGGCGAGGCGGGGGAGGAGGGGAUCGACGGGGUGGAGGAGGGGACCGACGGGGUGGAGGAGGAGGGGAUCGACGGGGGGUGGAGGAGGGGAGCGGCGAGGCGGAGGAGGUGGGGACCGACGGGGUGGUGGAGGAGGAGGGGACCGACGAGGAGGUGGUGGGGAUCGGCGGGGCGGUGGAGGAGGAGGGGACCGACGGGGCGGAGGAGGAGGUGGAGACCAGAGAGGAGGAGGACUUGGUGGGCUAA